AUGAAUCCUGAUCAUGUGAACAAGUCUCAUGGCUCAUCUUUUACUGCCAAACAGCAAGCACUUGAUGCCAAACGAUUAAAGGAAGGAUAUAAUAUCUUCACUGAUCAGGCCUAUGUUCUAUGGCUAAAACUGCACCAUCCUGAUUUUAUUCCAGAAUCUGCCUCUAUUUUAAGUUGUCUUGAUGUUAGUCCUCUAGAAGAACUAAAUUGUGAAUCAGGAAAGAAUAUGGAUGUUCUUGCACCUGUAGAUGAUGGUCAUGGAGGUCCUCCACCACCACUAACACCAGUUGCAGCCAGUGGAGGUCAUGGAGAUCCUCCACCACCACCACCAGGACAUGAUGCUGGUGGUCAUGGUCCUCCACCACCACCACCACCAGUCACACCGGUUGUAGCCGGCGGCAAUGGAGGUCCUCCACCACCACCACCAGUUCCAGCACCUGCAGGCCAUGGAGGUCCUCCACCGCCAGUUGCUGGUGGUCUUGGAGGUCCUCCAAUACCACCACCACCACCAGUUGCUGUUGCUAUUGGUCUUGGAGGUCCUCCACCACCACCAGUUGCUGGUGGUGACGGAGGUCCACCACCACCACCAUUGGCUGGUGGUUUCAGAGGUGCUCCACCACCUCAUGCACCUGUAGCCAUAGGUCCUCUGCAGCAGCAGAGGCUGCUCAUCCUGAGGCAACUCAGGAGCCUCAAUAGGCAAAUCAUAAGUACAUGA